AUGAAGACUAAAAUAUACAAAAAUUUUAAAUAUCACUCUUCUGGUGCAUUGGGUAAUACAAACGCUUAUUACAGAUGCAAAGAGUCUAACUGCGGAGGAAAAUUAAGUUAUGAAGAAGGAUUUGAAAUUAAAGAAAAUCAAAAACAUUCUUGUGUUGAAAUUGAAGAAAAUAUUUUUCUUGCUUCAAUUUGCAUUAACUCAAAAUUUAAAAAUCGAAAAUCUACUAGUUAUUCAAUUUUUAUAAAUAACGGUAAUGGAAAUGAACAAUUUAUUGGAACUCAAGAGAUUGGGGAAGAAUGUAAGGAAUACCCAAUUCCUUUUGGAUUGGAACAAAUUGAAAUUAAAAUUAAAUGGAUAAAUGUUAAUUUAAAUUUAGACGAUUUUAAUGAUGAACUUGUUGAGAGAUUAUUCUAUUUUAAUGACACUAAAUAUUUGAAAAAUAAUUACCGUUUAAUUUUGGAUUUGGAUAAUAUGAAUGGAAAUUAUGAAUGGAAAUUGUUUAGUAAAAAAACAAAUCAAAUAAAUAAAUUUACGGAUCUAGCAAAACGUGAAGUAUUAAUUUAUAAGAACAGUCAUUUUAUGGGAUAUUUAGAAAAGAAAAAUUAUCAAUCAAAUAAAGAUAAAAAAGGGAAAAACAAAAAUAGAUUAUAAAUAUUUAACCGAAAGUUGAGUAGAAAAUUUGUGAUUUGGUUGAGGACAUUGACUCUGAAUGGAUUUUUUAAAAGAUUUUUUUGGGGAUUUAUUUAUUUAAAAUUUAUUAUUUUUUUUAUUUAUUAUUUAAAAUUUUUU